AUGGACAUGGAAGCUUACAACGCCGUUCUCAAGCGGGAUUCCUGCUCCAGUGGGAAUGACUACGAUGGUCGCAUGGGCCUGCGAAUCUCUUCUAUUUUUGUCAUUUUGAUCGGAUCUACCUUUGGUGCCCUCUUUCCUGUCGUUGCUAAGAGAUUCAGCAAGCACGGCGGUGCCCCCGCAUGGGCCUUCUUCAUCGCCAAAUACUUCGGAUCCGGUGUUAUCAUCGCGACUGCUUUCAUUCAUCUCCUGGCCCCGGCCGAGGAGGCUCUGACCAAUGACUGUCUCACUGGCGUCAUCACGGAAUACAGCUGGGUCGAGGGAAUUGUGCUUAUGACGAUUGUGGUCCUUUUCUUCGUGGAAUUGAUGGUGAUGCGAUUUGCUCGCUUCGGUACCGGUCAUCUGCACGAUGAAGAGGGACACUCCCACGUCCAGAUCGAGGCAGUUGUUCCAAUCGCUCAGGAGGUGAAUGAGACCAAACACUAUGUUCCAGGAGAAGAUCACUUGGGUCACACCCGUGAGCACCACGAUGCCGACGAUUCCGAGAAGGAGAAGCAGGCGAUCGAGGACUACACCGCUCAGCUUACAUCGAUCUUCAUCCUGGAGUUUGGUAUUAUCUUCCACUCUGUGUUCAUUGGCCUUACGCUUGCUGUGACCGGAGCCGAGUUUAUCACUUUGUACAUUGUCCUCAUCUUCCACCAAACCUUCGAGGGCCUGGGUCUUGGCGCCCGUCUUGCCCAGGUCCCCUGGCCCGAAUCCAAGCGCCUCACGCCCUACUUCCUUGGUAUGGGCUUCGGAAUUUCAACUCCCAUCGCCAUCGCUAUUGGCCUCGGUGUUCGCCAGAGCUACCCGCCAGAUUCGGCUAAGACGCUGAUUGUCACCGGCGUGUUUGACUCCAUCUCUGCUGGUAUCCUAAUCUAUACCGCUUUGGUCGAGCUAUUGGCGCACGAGUUCAUGUUCAGCCCAGCUAUGCGCCAGGCCCCCAUCCGCGAUGUGCUCCUCGCCUUCCUACUGCUGUGCUUGGGAGCUGCCUUGAUGGCACUCCUGGGUAAAUGGGCCUAA